AUGGCUCCUAUGUUUCGAUUUUCAAAAUCCAGCGAUUUGAGCGGCUACGCGUUGAUAAUACCGUGCGUUUCGGUGGGAAAUGUCCCACAAUUGACCGUCGAUUUGUUAGUAAAAACGUACAAUUUGCAAAAAAUAGCUUCGGUUUGGCAUCCAGCGAUUGUGUCCACAGUAGGAAGCGAUCCCUACGAUGUUAAUUCCUCGGAAAUAUGCACGGCAUGCGAGUUAUACGCUAACGAUGAAUUAAAAAUAGCCUGCAUUCAGCUCAGGUCUACGUUGGAUUGCAAUUUAGCGAAGAAAUUCUUCGAAGACAUCUAUUCCAACAUGAAAGAAUUGAAUGUGAAGAAGAUUAUCAUCUUAUCGAGUGCAUUCGAUUACGAUUUGCAUAACAUUAACAACGAAAGGUUCUACUUUUUGGACAGUACGCAAGUUAAUAGCCCUGCGAGUAUUCCGAAUGUUAAAGAAUUGCAAAUGAAUGAAAAUGGAAAAUACCUAAUAAACGGUGCCGGGUUCUCCAUAAACUUGUACAGUGUUAUUUCAAGAAGUUUAAAGUGCCUUUUACUGGGGAAGUUCAUAAGCGAAGGAGACAAUAGGCCCGAUGCCGAGGCUUUAUUGGAGAAGCUGCUUCGUGUGCUCGACCUGCAGGAAUAUUCGAGGAAAAUCGUCUGUCCCAGUUCUUGGGCGUACGUUUUCGGCGGGCCUCCGCCUAAUGGGAUUUAUUAA